ACAUUGCUCACCAGACAGAGUUUCACUACGAGCAGGGAACUGUGCAUGUUACGGAUUUCACUUACAAUCUCACCUUCUGCUGCUUCUAUAUUAACAAUGGUCUCUGUUGCUUUCGAUCGUUUUCUAGCCAUAAAACUACCUUUACAGUACUGCCGACUGAUGAUAGAUAAAAUGGUGGCCUUGAUCAUGGCAGGUCUCUGGAUUGUAGCACUUCUAAUUGGGUUCCUUCCAGUGAUCAUUCAACAGCUACAGCCUGAUGAAUAUAAUGGUACCUGUACCUUGUUCUCGAUCAUCAAUCCCAAGUAUGUUAUAAUAUUAUUUUGUGCUUGUUUUUUUCCUGCCUCAUUAAUCUUCAUCUACUUCUAUAGCGUAAUCCUGAAAAUAGCGUAUUCACACACGCGACAGAUCCUUGAAAAUGAGCGAUUCGGCUCUUCUUCCAGGCCUGCUCCACCGCCACGCUGUCAUAUCCGGGAUGUCAAAGCAGUGAAGGUUAUUGGGAUACUCGUUGGAUGUUUUAUGGUUGCAUGGACCCCCUUCUUCAUUGCAAGUACUGUGCAAGUAUGUUGCGCCAAAUGCCAAUUAUAUAAAAUCAUUGAAGACUACCUCUGGCUUCUUGGUCUUUGCAACUCUUUGAUGAAUCCACUGAAUUAUUCUUAUUGGCAAAAAGAUGUGAGAUUGCAGGUUUUUCAAAUGUGCUGUUGUGCAAAAAUCAGGAUUUCCCCCAUGCUCAGCUUUAUCCGUUGUCAGAGGAAAGCAAGUGACAUCCAGAAUCCUGGUCCAGCACAAUGGAAUGAAGAUGAAAUAUCCGGGUCCUGUCCAGCAACUGGUACUGUCAGUUAUCAUAUGACAAUGAAUACACUGAAAGGUAUGUGAGUGCACUCUUC